AUGGAGCAUCCUACUCAACAGUCCAGCGUGUCACCGUCGGCGUUCCUCGAGAAAGAGCUGCCCGAGACCUACGACCAGGUCAGGAUUCACGACCGGGAGUCCACGGGCCAGCUUCUGAAAAGCUGGCAGGCAUCGUUAUUCUCCAACCCGAAGGAAGACGGCAAAUGCGACGAGCAGUAUCUGGAAAUCGGUUGCGGCCCGGGUAACUUCACGCGCAACUACCUGCUCCCGCUAUGCCCGCCAUCGAUGAGGAGACUAUUGGCGGUGGACAACUCGCACUCGAUGAUCGACUACGCUAGGCGAGAACACGGCAACCCGAAGAUCGAGUACCGCAUGCUGGACAUUGCGGCCGACGACGAGGUGUCUCAGUUCAUCGAAACCGAAGGGCAGUUCGAUCGCGUCUAUUCCUUCCAGACCUUUCAUUGGAUACGCGACAAAUGUGCCGCGCUGAGGAACGUCGAGCGCCUUAUGGCUCCAGGCGGGGAGUGCCUGAUCGUAUUUAAUCCUCAUCCUGGACCGCUACAGCUUUCCAAAGCAAUGAUGAAUUCGGAGCGAUGGAAGAAAUACACCGACGUGCUGAAGAAAGUUGCGCCCGACUUUCCCGACACUCACGACCCAGUGUACCUGAGGAAUUACCUUAUGAACAUCGUAAAAUCAACCUCUCUCGUGCCGCUGGCGUGCGAGCUGGUGCGUGUGGAGUCCACCAGUGCAAGCAUGGACGACCUCUUGCGUGUAGUUUUGCCUAUAAACCCCGUCUACUCGCUCCUGACCGAAGAAGGCAAAGCAGAGUUGGAGAACUUCACCAAGGAACUGAUGAAGAACGGGGGUUACUCGAACUAUUCAAGCACUGGUACAACUCGGAAGCUGAGAUUCGUCUUUCAUGGAUAUAAGCCGUAG